AUGGAGGAGGAGAUGCAGCCAGCAGAGGAGGGGCCCAGCCUCCCCAAAAUCUACAAGCAGCGGAGCCCUUACAGCGUCCUCAAGACCUUCCCCAGUAAGAGGCCAGCCUUGACCAAGCGGUACGAGAGACCCACCAUGGUGGAAAUCCCUCCGGUCAGGGCAGCUGCAGGAGGGCAGCAGCCCCACUUUCAGCAUCCCCCUGCCUCCAUCAGCAGCAGCGAGCAGCAUCCUCAAUACCAGGCGCAGAGCUCCUAUCCGAACGGGCCCGGCCGAGCCCCCGCCGCCGCCUCCUCUUCCUCCCCCUCCUGCACCCCAGUGGUGUCCCAGGGCCACCUGAGGACUCCAGUUCCUCCGCCUACUCCCCUGGCUUCCUCCGCGGCCGCCGCGGCCGCAGCAGCCGGGGUCUCCAGGUACGGAGCCAGCCAGGCGGCGGCCGCGGGCAGCAGCAGCAGCAGUAGCAGCAGCAGCAGCAGUAGCGAGGGGAGCAGUAACGGAGCCGGCGGCAGCCUGGAGCUCAGCGCAGAGAGUCGUAUGAUCCUGGAUGCCUUUGCCCAGCAAUGCAGUCGGGUUCUUAGCCUUUUAAACUGUGGCGGAAAACUUCUGGACUCCAGCCAUUCUCAAUCCAUGAUUUCUUGUGUAAAGCAAGAAGGUUCAAGUUAUAAUGAAAGACAAGAACAGUGUCAGAUUGGAAAAAUUGUCCAUAGUCAGACAUCAGACAAUUUAGACAUCGAGAUGCAAUAUAUGCAGAAGAAACAGCAAACCUCUGCCUUCUUGAGGGUUUUCACUGAUUCACUACAAAAUUAUCUGCUUUCCGGGAGCUUUCCAUCUCAGAACACCUCGUCCAUAAAUGAAUACAGCCACCUGACAGACGUGGACCCUCUUUCAACCUCCCCAGUUCAUACUUUAGGUGGAUGGACCUCCCCCGCCACUUCUGAAUCUCAUGGUCACCCAUCAUCUUCUACACUCCCAGAAGAGGAAGAAGAGGAAGAAGGGUACUGCCCUCGGUGCCAAGAGCUAGAACAGGAAGUCAUUUCACUACAACAAGAAAAUGAGGAACUCAGAAGAAAACUGGAGAGCAUCCCAGUGCCCUGCCAGACGGUCUUAGAUUAUUUGAAAACUGUCCUUCAGCAUCAUAACCAGCUUAUGAUACCACAGCCAGCAGAUCAGCCCACAGAGGGAAGCAAGCAGCUGUUGAACAACUACCCUGUCUACAUCACUAGUAAACAAUGGGAUGAGGCCGUAAAUUCUUCCAAGAAAGAUGGGAGGCGGCUACUUCGAUACCUCAUCAGAUUUGUUUUUACAACCGAUGAGCUUAAGUACUCAUGCGGCCUUGGAAAAAGGAAAAGGUCAGUUCAGUCAGGAGAGACAGGUCCUGAAAGACGUCCUCUGGAUCCAGUUAAAGUAACAUGUCUCAGAGAGUUCAUUAGGAUGCACUGUACUUCCAACCCGGAUUGGUGGAUGCCAUCGGAGGAGCAAAUAAACAAAGUGUUCAGUGAUGCAGUUGGCCAUGCCCGGCAAGGACGAGCUGUGGGGACUUUCCUACAUAAUGGCAGCUCAUAUUAUGAAGGGAUUGAGCACCAACCUUCACAGGAUGAAGUCUUCAAUAAAGGUUCCCAGGAUGCAGCUGGAGAUUGAUGGAAAUCAGAGGAAAUCUAUUCCAUUGUAGCAGCCAGCCAACUAGAGAAUACUGAUUGUGAGAUAAACUGUUAAUAUCAAUUAGGAGUCCAAAGCAUUUCAUAUUCAGUCAUACUUUUGACAUCCUACCUUUUCACCCUCUUAAACACAAGUCCCAGAUAGAAAUCCAUUUCAGGGUCAGCUUGGGAAGACAUCAUGCCUACUACAGACUUUUCAGAGUCAUUAAUGAAAAACUGCAAUUGGUUUCAAAUGCUUUAUAUCUAGACUAUCAGGUGGGGAAUAUAAGUGGACUUCCAAGAAACCUUUAUGAAAUCAUUAAAUGCUGCCAUUAAAGUUGGCUAUUGAUCUCAAAGUAAAUGUUGCUCAGUAUUCUUUCCAUAGGAAAGGGUGGAGAUUUUCACAGUUGUUUUAAGGUAAGUGAUAUUUGAAUGAGUAGGACAUAUAUAAAUUAAUGCAUUGCUUUAUUGUCAAUAAAUUUCUUUUCAUAGAUUAUUGAACGCCUAAUCUCUAACAACUCAGACAAGGCAUACAUGGCUUUAGUAAGCUAUUCCUAUACUAUCAAAGUGCAAUAUUUUUAAAAAUCAAUCCUCAAAAUACAGAGAACACAGAAUCAUCUAUAUAGGCAUGGCUUAUUUGCAGUCAGUUCACACUCAGUCAUUUUUACUGCUAUUCCAUCAUGUUGACAUAGAAGGUACCAUGUCAUCUCUGAAGUUUACAAAAACUGUAAUACAUUUUGUCCACUCAGCAGAGAAUCGUUCAAAAGCCAUCUUUCAAAUGUCUGAAAUUACAGAUUCACAGAACCACCAUUUCAGACACCUUAAACAAGGCUAUGUUUACACAAUCCCAAAAUAAUUGGUUUAAAAAUGGAAAUUCCAAUCAGUUGCUUGGUCUGCAACUGUGCCAAAAAUUGGCUUGGCUCAUUCUUCUCACUGAAUCGAACAGAUGUUCUGACGUCAUAAUAGACACAGCUUCAAUGCCAUUCAGUUUAUUAUGCAACAGGAUUUUCAGCAAUUCUCCGUGAAACUUGUUUAUUUUCUGUCAUGAACUGGCUUCUCAGCUCUUGUAUGUUUGUAUCAAACUUUAAAACUUCUAUUUAUUCCUCCAUUUGUUCCACCAACAUUGACCAAAAUGUAUUGGCAUGGCCUUCAAGAGUAAAAGGUGAUAGCUAUGUCAAUGACAUACCCUCCCUCCAUACACAUUUCAUCUGUAGAGCUACAUAUGUGAAACUAAAAAUGUCCUUGAAAUCUGUCAUUUAAAAAAGUGUCAUAUAGAUACUAGAGUAAUUAUUCCUGAGGGCUCCAGGAUCAGAUGUCAAGUGACACUUCUUUUUUGAAACUAUGCCAAAUGAUUACAUUUCUUUAUAGAAAGAGUGGUAAAAUGGCAGCUUUUAUUGAGUAUUCAAGCCAUUCAUGGGAGUGGCUACAUGAAAAAUGAUGUUGAGUGUAUUUAAUAUAGGUGUGUCCUGCACACAGUGUGUACUCAAUAAAUAUUUGUUAAGUGAAUUGAAAAUGUACAUGUUUGUAUUUAUAAAAUAUUACCUUGCUGGGUUUCUCUCUAAGUAAGAAAUUGGCCCUUUUCAGUCACUUAUUCAUUUGUGGUUUUUUUCAGUCAACAAAUACUUAUUGAGUACCUGCUGUGUGAAAGACAAGGAGGUACUUUCAACAGUUGCUUGUUUCCUUUGUUAUGAGUUAUAGCAUCAUUUCAUAAUUCUAAAGCUUAAAAUUUAUAUGUUAUUUCUAUUGUCAUUGCCUAACCUGUUAAAGGGUAUGUGCUAGAAAACAAUGUCACAAUCGUUGUUGAGACACAGGGGCCAACAAAUUAAAGGAGAGCAACUACAAUGUACUGGUGUCUAUAGGUACUUAUGUAAACAGCUGAAGAUGUCCACAUCAGCAUCCAUCUUCAAAAUCCAAGAAGGAAAAAUAUUUCAUAUAUUGAAGGGCAUCAGGGAAUUGUCUUGACCAAGAGGAAUGGGACCUUUUGGAAGAAACAGACCUGUCAUCAGGGGUCUGAUGACUUUGGGUCAGAUAGAAGAACAAACUGAAAGCAAAGAGAUGUAUCAACACACUAAGGAAGACUGAUAUCUCCCUGUUGGAAGAUUUAGCUUCUUGGGGUACAGAUCGGGUUUGUAUAACCUUUCAAGCUCAGUUGUAGUACAAAGCCCAUCAGCAGCAUUCUGCAUCAACUUAGGCUAGAUAAGUAAAGCAUUUCACAAUAGAGGGAGGAGAGAAAAAGAGAGAUCAUCCAAGGGAGAAAAGGGGAGUAUUUGGAAUGCAAUUGGCAGGAUUGAUUGUUGGAAUAAGAAAACAUUCCAUGUUCAAGGGCAGGGAACAAGGCUAAGUGACCAAAUACCUUUACAAUUAAGAAAGAAGUCCUUUUACACAAAACUGCAGGGUGUCUUAUCCAAGUAAAGCAAGCAGUUGUUUUUACCAUAUCUUUAGUUUGUUAUUAUUUUAUUUCUUCUUCAGUAGGAGUUGGGCAUUUUCUAGUACUGGGGCCACCAGGUGGUUGAGGGACUAGUCCAUCAAAAUUUUGCAAAAUGAUUGUGGUUUCUUCCAUAAGGGCUUAUUUACAGAGCAGGGCUAUCGUUAUUUAAGGAUAAAAAGUUGGCCAAGAAAGAAAACACUCAUGAUUUCAUUAGCUUUCUCUUGUAUUUGAAUAACUUCUGUUUAUUUGGACUUGGGAAGUCAGACAUUUCUCCUUCACUGUCAUUCCCAAAACAAAUCUGCUUUUUUCUGAAGGAAUACAGUUGUGGCCAGGAAAUCUCAUCAUUUUUUCUAAACAAAAUGAAAGGAUGCACUAAAUGAUUCCCCUGACUUCACCUGGGAGGUCUUGGGCCUUGCUGGUCUUGAAUGAAGGCAGAUUGUUCUAGGGCACCCCCUGAUCUUCCCUGUCAGAAUUCUGUUAUCUAAGUAUAAAUUAGGAUGGCUCGGGGCAAUGCUGUCCAUGUAUCAAUAUGACUAAAAAAAAUGUGGUGAUUGGUCCAUAAUCAUUUCAGUUUUUGCCACCACCACAGCUUAGAUAGCCAACUGUUGAGGCUUUGACUAUGACUAUAGGCAUCACACCAACUUUGUCGAAAGGAAUGACUGUCUCUUGACUACUACAUUUAAAAUUAGUCUAUCUGCUUCUUGUUUCCUGGCAUUUCAGGAGCUUAUCAAACCCCCUCAUUUUAUAAAUUAGAAAAAUUAGGUCUAGACAGAUGCAUUAUGUCCAUUUUACCAUGCUGGGUUUUUUUUACUGUUUCAGUGAGUCCCUGAAGUGUUUCUUCUGCCCAUCUGACUUUGGCUGCCUCACAGCAUCUGUUUGGAUAUCUGUCUCAUGGAGAAAAGCUUGGUAGCAUUGAACUUCCCUUUCAAUGAUGCUAUGUUACUGUGACUCCAGGCCAGUGGUCCAAUAGUGUCAUUUAAGUUUUUAAGUAUAGUUCAAAUAAUAUUAACUGGUUAAGAGGUCAAAAGUAUCGCUAUAACUGAUACAAAUGUCAUAACCAUCAUGAAGGUUGGACACAUUACUGUUAUAGGGACCUUUUGGUUGGCUUGGAGUUUGUGUUAAAUGAUCUGCUCUUCUCUUCCCAUCCUCCAAAAUAUAAUACUGACUCCUUUGAUUUGGUCAUCGACAUCAUUGUUUGGCAGUUUUAGCACUACACCAGUUUUCUGGCCCCUUCAAAGCAUUGCUUUGAAAAUCUGAUGGAUCUGCAAUUUCAUUUGUGUGGGUAUUCCUUCAGCCAAAGGAGAAUCGAUCCCAUCUUAGAUGAUUUUUUCUGUGUUCACAUCUUAGAGUAUCCACCCAACAUACCGAAGACCUUCCUCUAGUUCUUUUUAUAUGUGUGUAGGGAUGAGAGAGUAACAGUGUCUUCUGUCUAUCUGUUGUCUUCUUCUUGUCUAUAUAACCAGCCCACUUCCUUUUCUGGGCAAAUGUUUCCUUAAUGAUGGUGAAAGUGCUUUCUAGACCUUAAAGCACUUUUAUAAACAUGCAUCAUUUAUACUUCUUUCAUAUGAGUCAUGUUAGUAACAUGCUGCUUCCUACUCACCCCUAUCAUAUGUCUUUUUAUUGCCCUUUAGGCUAUUUGUAAUGUUGAGUCUUCUAAGAUCUUGGUGUCCCAUGCAUGAUUCACAGCCGUCUAGCACCACUGGGAGAAUCCUAGUGAAGAGAUGGCUUUUUGUAGCAGCAAAUCUCCCUAGAUCUCAGGAUGAUCUUCCCUGCCAACAGAGCAUUAAAUAAACAAAAUUGAGCUGCACUCUGACCUGAUCAGACCACCUCUAAAUAAUGUGGUCACUUCUUGGCCUCACAUUUUUAGGCGUUCCAUCAGAAAGCUAUAGAAAAUCCAGAAGCAACAAUAUUGAAGGAAACGAAAAUCAUUCCAACACAAGGAACUAGCCAGAAGAGGGGCAUUGUCUUUCCUUAUUUGGAAAUUUAUCAUGAAUGUAGUGUUAAGCUCUCAUCGUGCCCUAUAUUUUUUUCCUGUGUAUAUCACAUGUCAAAGGUAAAGCCUGCAUUUCACUUUGUUGGCUGAAGCCAUACUGCCAUGGAUUGGGCUGUACAGAACCUACACAGGACUUUGGCCAGGAUCUUGUCAAGAAAGAAGCAAUAUAUCACAAAGAUAUCAAAAGCUUUUAAAAUUGAGAGGCCCAGGGAGCAUUUAGUCUCUCUUUGUUAUUUUGCAAAGAAGGAAAUCAAGGCCUAGAGAUUUACCUAGUCACGUAGUGAGAUGGUGACAGAGCCAAGACUAGAACCCAGAUCUCCUAAAUUCCAGGGUCUAAGAGGCUUUCCAUGAUAGCACGCUACCUCCCUAAUAAUUAUGGCAGUUAGCUUUCUGGCUUUCAAAGACUUUGAGUUAAAAAGCCUAUGAAUAUUUCUCGCUCUAUUCCAUCUACAUAGAAAAAUGCCACCAAAGAUAUCUAAACAACUCCUUUCUCUCUGCUUGAAAGUCCCAGGAGAUGUGCUACUAGGCCCUAAAAUUUAACAUCAUGUUUCUCACUAUAAUGGUGACUUCCUCCAGACAUAUAGCUAAGUCACAUUU